AUGGCUCCGGCUCCGGCUCCGGCUCCGGCGUCCAGCGGCCGCAUCCGGCCGUGGCUGGUGGUUGGCGACCUGGUCCUGGCGGUGCUGUGGGUGUGCGCGGGCGCGCUGGUGAAGUUGGCCGUGUACAACGUGCUCGGACUUGGGGGCCGCCCGGAGGGGGAAGCCGCCAAGGUCUCGCUCUCUGUCGUCUACAUGUUCCUCUUCGCCUGGCUCGAAUCCGCCACCGGCGGCGCCUCCUACAACCCGCUCACCGCCAUCUCCGGCGCCCUGGCCUCCCGCGGUGGCCUCGCCCUCUACCUCUUCACCGUCUUCGUACGGGUCCCUGCGCAGGUGAUUGGGGCGGUUAUUGGAGUGAUGCUCAUGCGAUUCGCAUUCCCUAAAGUAGGUAAAGGAGCUGCGUUAAGUGUCGGUGUUCAUCAUGGGGCUUUAACUGAAGGACUGGCAACCUUAAUGGUCGUGAUGGUGUCAUUGACACUUAAAAAGAAAGAACAGGGGUUCUUUGUGAAGACAUGGAUUGCCAGCAUUUGGAAAAUGACGAUUCAUAUCCUUAGCUCAGAUAUGACUGGAGGAAUUAUGAACCCUGCAUCUUACAUUUCUGCUAGCCAGCACUCCAUAAUAUUAUGUUCCGCUGCAAUGUGUGGUGAUCAGUUGAUAUGUGAAAUGUUCAUAUCAUCCAAGUGUGCCAUGGUGAUAUCAAACUUUGGCCAUAAAAUCAAACAGUUUGCCUUUGCUUGGGCCUAUGCUCGUGGAGAUCACACAUCAUUUGACCACCUACUGGUAUAUUGGCUCGCACCCCUCCAAGCAACCCUUGUAGGAGUAUGGGUGGUUACCUUCUUAACUAAACCCAAGAAUACCAAGGAGCAAGCAGCAGAUAAAAACAAGAACAAAAAGGAAUAA